UCAUUUGCCAAGGCGAUACAUUUUGUUUUGUUUGUUGUCUAAUAUUUUCUCGAAAAACUCUUGCUUUUUAUAGGAAAGACGUGUAUUGUUUCCAUAUAAACUUGAACAUGGACCUAGCUAGUAAAUUUGGUAAAGAAACAUCAAGAUCUGCGUGCAAAAAGUGUGGUUAUGCUGGACACCUAACUUUUCAAUGUAGGAACUUUAUCAAAGUAGACCCCAACAAAGAAAUAGUCCUAGAUGUAAGCAGCACAAGCAGUGACAGUGAAGUGGAGUAUGCCACACCGUUGCAGAGCCUCCGAGAAGCUGAACUCAAACAGAAGUUACAGGAAAAGCUGCAGAAGGCCAAAGAAAAGCUCCAGAAAGCUAAGGAGAAAAAGAAGAGUAAAAAACGCAAGAGAUCCAGGUCUUCAAGUAGCUCAUCAUCCACCUCAUCAUCAGAUAGUGACUCAGACAGUGACUCCGAAAGAGAUCACAAGAGAAAGAGUAAGAAGCAUAAAAAGAAGAAAUCUUCCAAAAAGUCCAAGAAAUCUCAUAAGGAAGACAAGAAGAGUAGAAAAUAAGAAUUGAUAUGAUAAAUAGAGAAAUGUUUGAUGUUUUCUAUGUACAAACCUGACUAGUUUUAAUUUGUAUAUCUACUGACCGAUAUUAAAUUGUAUUUUUAAAUAUUUUA